AUGGACGAGGAAUCCAGCAUGGGCCCUCCUGAAAAUGAGCUGCCCAUUUGGUCAAAGGAUGUUGAUGGUGCCAGAGAGGAAAUAUUUCAGUUUCUUCGAUAUGAGAGCAACAUGAAGGUCAUCUAUGUUGAUGGUUGGGAUGGAUUCGGGGCGUCCGCCAUUCUUAGAUCCAUAGCAGAAGUGCUCCCAUCUAGGAGAACCACUGCAGAACUAUGCUUUGACAGAAUAAUUUAUGUAGAUUGCUCUGAGUGGAAAAAUAGAAGAGCAGUGCAGAGGACAAUUGCAGAGGAACUGCAACUUGACCACUCAGUUAUGGCCAUUCUAGAUGAGCAGGAUGAAGAGGAUGAUUUUAACAGAGUUGAUGAAAGCUCAAGGAAUGAGAUACGCAAUGUCGGGAAAGUGAUUAAUCAAACCCUGAGGGGCACCAAGUUGAUGAUGAUUUUUCUUAAUGGAAGUGAUGAAGAGGUUGACAUAAGCACCUUUGGCAUUCCUCUUGCAAUAUUUGACAACAAUAUAAUAAUAUGGACCUUUAGCAGAAGGAAUCACGUCCAUUCAAAGGAUGCACUAAGAUAUACUCAUGCUUUCUCUCAUUUCUAUCAUUCUAUCAAAGAAUUUUCAUGGCGGGAGUUUCUUCGACUAUUGUAUCAACAAGCUGUUGCCAUAGUUGCUCGCAAUCCAUUUGUGCCAGAAAUCGACCCAACAAUGGUCGCAGAUUGUUGUCUCUAUGAGUUAUUCCUGCAUUAUAAUUUCCACACUGUCACUGAGUUUAAUUGGGUUGGUCAUGCUUCCAACUUCUGGAUAUGUGAUGCGAUCAUACAAGGGGACAGGGCAAUGGAUAUUAGUAAUUUGUUGCAUAGAGAGAUAAAUUGGGUGUGUGAUUCCUCUUUGCCUGAUGGUGUGCUUGAAGAGUUCAUGGGAGAUUUCGUGACUCCUUUUUGGCUAGUUACAGAUGACCAUGCCUAUGAAGAAGGUCCGUACCGUUGGAUAUCACUCACAUCAAGCAAAAUGGAUUUGCGAACUAUAUUGAUGCGCAAAGAACAAAGCAAUAUGGAAAUACAGGGCUUGCGAACUAUACCUGUAGAGACAUCAUCUUUCUUCUUGGCAUUUGAAAGUUCUAGUCAACAACGAGGUUUACCAGACGGCUUGUUUGAAUGUGCCAACAAGCUUGGUGUGCUAAUUCUCAGUUGCUGUGCCUUCGAUUUUGCAUCACCCCCUUUCCAGAAGUGUCAGAGCCUAAGAUUCCUUGGAUUGGACCAUUGUACAAAUAGUAAAUCAGGUGAAGGAGAGGAUAAUGCAGAGUGGACAUAUAUAUGUAACGUAUUGGUGUUGGACCUACGUUACACAGAAUGGAAUGAAAUCUUAUGUGAAGAAAAGAUGGAUCUCAUGACUAACAUGAUAGAGCUAAAUAUAGAGGGAGUCUGGUGUCAGCAGUACAUAGGUAACCUACAAGGUCGACUACCUAACCUCCAGAGGCUACGGAUAACCAAACCAAGAUAUAAGUGGAAGCCAUCAGAGGAUUUUGAUAACUCUUUUGUAGAUAAGACAAGUAUGAAAAUACUCGACUUAUCAGGGAACAGUGAAAUGGAAAUUCUUCCAGCAAGCAUAUCGAAGGCAAGUAGCCUUCAGUUGCUUGUACUUGAUGGUUGCAAUGGACUGGAAAGCGUUGGCGGGCUUCCUUCCUCCCUUGAAUCCUUUAGCUUUAAUGGAUAUGGGCCAGCUUCUCAAUGGACACAAACUGUUGCGCUACCUCCGGAACAAUUCCGCCCGUCCACAAUUGAAGACUUUAACAUGGAUAUUAGAGUGUCUGAGAUCUCCUUAGCAGGCUGCACACAAUUGAAGAACCUGUUUUUGUGUUGGCUACCCAACCUUGUGGAAUUGGACCUCUCUGGAAUUGCAAUCAAGAUAUUUGACUUGAAUACUAUGGUGGUGCAAGUCCCGAAGCUCAAGAGAGUAUUUCUAAUUGGAUGCACGCGACUUCGUGCAAUAAUUCCGAUGCACGAGAGUGGCUCUGAGAUAAAACAAGAAUUGGAGUUAUUGUGCAUAGACACCCGAGUUGGAACAGUGUCUUCUCGGCCAUCCAUCAACAUGACCAAAUCCUUCAAGUUUGAAUUGCAUGUUGUUGCCGCGGAUGCGAGGCUUACUCGCUCUGUGAAGGGUCUCUUGUUGCCUUACGUACAAAAAGGCAUAAUGAAGGAUGUUUCUUAUAAUAUCCAUGUCACCUCCUCACCUGUGCACGAUGGAGUUGUUCAAUUCGAAGCAACCAGCAAGAAUAAAGUUGACCCCAGUGAAGGUGAUCAAGGGAGCUUGCAACAGCUUAUUCCAGCAGGCCCGUAUAGUGAUGUCCUUAGCAUGCUUGGCAAUCCCCAGAUGGAGGAUUUCCCGCAACCUCCGACGAAUACAAAGCGGGACCAUCAUAUAGAGAUUGCUAAAGGGAGCUGCUAUGUGGAGAGCGAACUGCUAGGAGAUCUAGGUUAUUUGGUGGGAACUAGUGCUGAAUCACUGCAUGUACACGACGUAUCGAUGCGUGCAAUUGCUCUUUAUGAGUUUUAUCAGUUUGCUCUUAAGUGGUGCUGCGUGGAGAGGUGCCCAGAGUUGGAUGUCGUCUUCCCUUCGGUAUCGACUGGAUUUAAUGUACUGGAGACCUUCUGGGCGUCGGAUCUCCUAACGGCCCGCUGGAUUUGGGGUAAAGCUACAUACAAGGGUUUCUUUUCCCACACCGCCAAUACCUUUCCAAAUUUACAGCACCUCCACCUGCGCUCCUGCCCUCGUCUCCAGUUUGUGGUCCCGCUGUAUGGCUUGUCCUUCCCCAGCUUGAAGACCCUCCACAUCAUCCACUGUGGUGACCUAGUGCAUGUCUUCGAGCUAAACAUGGAUUACCCAGAGAAAAUAACCGCCCUCAGCGCAAGAUUGCCGAAGCUGACCACCAUACACCUGCAUGACCUCCCGAAGCUUGAGAACAUAUGCGAGGUCAAGAUGGUGGCCCCGAUGCUCGAGAGCAUCAAGAUCAGAGGGUGCUGGAGCCUGCGCCGGCUUCCAUCCGUGGGCGCCCGUGGCCAAGGCGAGAAGAAGCCGGCGGUCGAGGUCGAGAAGGACGUGUGGAACACUAUGGAGUGGGACGACGACCACCGCCCCGACCACUUCGAGGCGCCAGUCCACUCCCGCUACUACAAGGAGAAGCUGCCCAGGGCCUCCGUUCUGAGGUGA